GACGACUGACCAAAAUUGCGACAAGAUUGUGGCAAUUGGAAGAUAUUACAAGCCGAGAGACUCUAUAUAACGAACGAUACGAUUACAUGAUUGGCACAAGUAGAAUUGUUGUUGAUAGCCCCUGCUCAUGCCAUGGUAGCGUCAGAAAUAGCAACCAUUUUCUUUCUGUUCAAUGCUGUGCUGAGAGGCUCUUUGGUCCAAAGCCAAGGGCUGCAGAGAGGAUUCUACGACUCCAGCUGCCCUGAUGCGGAGGACAUCGUGAGGUCUACUGUCGAGAAGUACUACAACAACGAUGCCACCAUUGCCCCAGGCUUGCUCAGGCUGCACUUCCAUGACUGCUUUGUCCAAGGUUGUGAUGCCUCUGUUUUGAUUUCUGGAGCAUCAUCCGAGAGGAGUGCACCGCAGAAUUUCGGUCUCAGGGGAUUCGAGGUGAUAGACGACGCCAAGUCCCAGCUGGAAUCAACGUGCCCUGGGGUGGUAUCCUGCGCCGACAUACUGGCCCUCGCUGCACGUGAUUCCGUUGAUCUGACCGGCGGGCCAAGCUGGUCAGUGCCUCUGGGACGAAGAGAUGGGAGGAUCUCAUCAGCUGCAGACGCCAAGGCCCUGCCGUCUCCGGCCGAACCUGUGUCCGUCCAGCGCCAGAAGUUCGCAGACCAGGGCAUGUCCGACCACGAUCUCGUCACACUAGUCGGCGCGCACACGAUCGGGAAGACGGACUGCGCGUUCGUCCGGUACCGGCUGUACAACUUCACGGCGACAGGGAACGCGGACCCGUCGAUCAGCCCGGCAUUCCUGCCGCAGCUGCGAUCGCUGUGCCCGCCGAACGGCGACCCGGCGCGGCGGGUGGCGCUGGACAGGGACGGCGCGGGGUCGUUCGACGCGGCCUUCUUCAAGAACGUGAGGGACGGCAACGCCGCGCUGGAGUCGGACCAGCGGCUGUGGGGCGACGACGCGACGCAGGGGGUGGUGCAGAAGUACGCCGGCAACAUCCGGGGGCUCUUCGGGCUGCGCUUCACCUACGAGUUCCCCAAGGCCAUGGUCAGCCUGGGCGGCGUCGCCGUCAAGACCGGCAGGCAGGGCGAGAUCAGGAGAAAGUGCUCCAGGUUCAACUGAUGGUACAUGCAAUUCCGUAUGCCAUGCUUGUAAUAAUAACACGCUACCAAUUAAGUGGUGAGCAGCAUAGGUGCUGGUGUCCAAGUAUCUUUUGUUUGCAUGUUUUCCUUUCACUCUCUGCUGUGUGAGCCAAGGCUAAUGUUUGUUUCAUGAUCAUCUGCUUUAGAUAUGCUGACGACAAUAUUGUGGUGUUAUAUCCAGCUGAA